AUGGAGACGGCAAGCAAGACAUCCGAAGAGACCAACGUGAACAUGGAGUCGACGCAGGAAGAGCAUGCGCCGGAAGCGUCCCAGGACGAAGAAGCGUCGAAGGCGAAGAAGCACGCUUCCGCCAAGCCCAAGGUCGACGACGAGAUCCCCGGCGAGCGCCGGAGCGAACGCUCGCGCAAGCCAGUGGCAGUCUUCUCGCUCGCGACCGAGAACAAGGCCGAGGAAGCUUUCGUGGUCCCGGUUGGCCCUGGCACAAAGCUCCGCGAUAUCCCGUACCUCGCCGAGAAGGUGGCCAAGUGCACGAAGAAGGACAGCGAGCUCCUCACCAAGCUCUACCAAGUCAUGCACUCGCGUCGCUACUCGGCGGCGAUCAUCAAGGACGUCAAGGAGCAUAUCCUCGACUUUAGUGGGUACCCCAAGUUCAAGGACGACGCUGCCCGGGAAGCAUUCCGUGACGAGCUCGCGAUCAAGCUUUGCCGCGGGACCAUGGGCUUUAUCCAUCACAUGAUGGAUUUCCUGCACAUUGAGCGGUCGCCCAAGUCCUUCAAGGAGAAGAACUUGCUGCCGAUCAAGGACGAGCUCGUGAACCGCAUGAUGGAUUGGCUCGAAGCGCCCUUCGCUGUUGAACUCAAGAAAUCUGCAGCCACGACGCCAAAGUCCAAGAAGAAGGCACCGACCAAGACGACCAAGGCCAAGGGCGAGCCAGCUCCCAAGAAGAAGCGUGUGACCAAGAAGACGCCCCAAGAGGACGAAGCCGAGACAGAGAGCGACGCGGAUGAUUUCGAAGAGAUGGCGCGGAAAGCAGAGGAGACGAUGCCGUCGGAAGCGACGGAAUCGCCCAAGUCGUCGCCGUCAUCAGAAAAGGCCGUCCCGUCCCUGUCGUCCCUGUCGCAGGACUUGAAAGACCGGGUCAAGAAGAUCAUGGACGACGGCGACGUCGAGAAGCUGACGCUCAAGGCCGUGAUGGAAACCUUGACGCACGACUUGGAGAAGGACGUGUCGAUGCACAAGCGGGCGAUCAAGGAGUUCAUUUCCGAGAAUUUGUAG